AUGGGGACGCCAGCCGAGCUCGAGCAGGUGCGUCUACUGGAAAACUUAGCUCCUCCAGCCAGGCCAAUCACCAAUGAAGAGUCAAAAACACAGAAGAUCGAUUAUGCAGCUGUUGUUGCAAACCCUGCUAAACUCAAAGGGGUUAGAUUGGGUGACCCAAAUGUAAAAGCUAGGGUGUCAACCCAUAACGGAAUUCCGACAGUCAUAUUUAAAGCUAGCGACUACUAUGGAGUGAUGGCAGAAGAGUGUAUGUAUACAAUCAUAGGUAAGUUUCUGAGAACAAGACCUAAUAUUGAAAGAAUCAGAUUAACCUUCGCCGAAAAAGUGUCACUCAAAGGUGAGGCAAAAAUUGGGGUGUAUGAUUUCCGAACAGUGUUCAUAGAUGUAACUAAUGAAGAAGAUUGUAAAACUGUUUGGUUCAGAAGGUCAAUUGAAAUAGAUGGAAUGGUUAUGUGGCUUCAAAAAUGGUCCCCUGAUUUCAAGCCAGAAGAGGACUCCCCUAUUGUGCCAGUUUGGGUGCUACUGUCGGGCCUUCCUUUCCAUUGUCACACUUGGUACUAUGUUAAAAAGAUAUUGGCACCAGUGGGGGUACCAUUAUCAAUGGACUUAGCAACUGAUUACAGGACAAGACCGGGGAUGGCUAAAGUUAGAGUCGAAAUUGAUCUUACAAAGCAUCUAGUUAACUCUGUAUGGGUGGGCCAAGAGGAAGAAACUAAUCCGCUAAAGGGCUUCACUCAAAAGUUGGAAUAUGAAGGAGUACCAAAAUAUUGUAAACAUUGCAGGAUUCUAGGGCACUCUCUUUUGCAAUGCAGGGCACUAGAGCGUUAA